AUGGAGGUGUACGUCAAGGGCAAGCCUGAGACGGGCACCUUGCUAGACUGCCCGUUCAGCCACAAGGUGCUUCUUACGAUGGCUCUCAAGGGCGUGGAGGCCGAGAGGAAGUACAUCGACCUCUCGGUGCCGCGGCCUGACUGGUACCUGAAGCUCAACCCUGCUGGCUCCGUUCCGGCGCUCGUCGACGGCGACAAGAUCAUCGGCGACUCAGGCGAAAUCAUCCAGCACCUCGAAGCGAAGAAGCCUGAGCCGUCGCUCAAGUCCGCCAGCGGCCCCGUUGCCCCCGGGUUCCUCAAGGGCAUGGCGCAAUUCAUCAUGGCGCCCGACGCCGCCGUGGAGGAGAAGAAGGCCGCCUUCGUCGCCGAGGCGCAGGCCGCGAACGACUUCCUGGCCGCGCAGGACGGCCCGUUCUUCGGCGGCAAGGCGCUCAACGAGGUGGACUGCGACCUCGGGCCGAAAAUCUACCAUGCGGUGACUGCGCUGAAGCACUUCCGUGAGUUCGAGCUGCCGGACUCGAUGCCCGCGCUCAAGGCCUACCUGCCCGCGUUCAAGGAGACCGAGGCCUUCAAGGCCACCGACUACGGCGAGGCCGCGAUCAUCGCCGGCUGGCAGUCGAAGUUCGACGGACGCAACGACCCCAAGUGA